CUUGUCCACGGUGAAAGGGUGAAACGGAGAAUGGGGAGGGUAACAAAAGCGAGAAGCGAAGGGUUGCGCUUUUUAAUGACUCGGUGAGACUGCAUAACAAGCCUCUCACCUAUUGUGAGAGUCUACUUGAAAUAGGCACGGAGAGGAGAGGAGGGGACGAUCGCAAGGGAAGGCAGUGCUGGGGGAUCGGUCGGUCGGUAAUUGUGUGAACCAGACCACCGUCCACACAUCGGACAAAUGAAACUGCUGCUGUGGAGCUCAGGAGGGACUGGAGUUUCAUGUCAAAGGCUACUACUGCCUGCCUUUUAUCACUUCUGAAAUUAACAGUGUCUCAUCUUGCUUGAGUUGUGACAGCGGUGAUAGAUUUUGAUCUGGCUGUUGCACUUUAUUGGCGUUUAUUUUUUUUUAUUAUUGUUUAAUUAGCCUAUUAUUUAAUUGGCAAGUGGGAUGCUCAUCCACUCAAUGAACUGGAAAUCUUGAACCUGACGCGUACUCUUCUUAAUCUUAUCCACUUUUUCCAGUGGGAGAGUUUUUCGGAUCUUUAUUUUUUCCUGCCGCUCACACCGCGGCAAUGGGAGCGCUUCUGGGGGACUUGGUGCCGGCGCUGUGCCGGAAAAGUUUCCACUGGAUUGCGCUGGUCCUAUGGUUCACCUCCGGCGUACUGGGGACGUGGGGAACGGGACUGUACAAGUACCAGUCCGGGACACAUCUUAAAGAGCCGUCGGGGGCUGCAAGUGCCCUCUAUCAGAGAAGAAACUGGUGCCCCCACGUGGUGACCCGGACCGUGACCUGCCAGGUCCAGAAUGGAACAGUUCUGCAGCGUGUGUACCAGAACUGCCGCUGGCCACAGGGCUGCUCCGGAGGCAGCUACCGCACCGUGGUCAGGCCGUCAUACAAGCUGGCGUACCGGACAGUCACAGCGCUCGAGUGGAAGUGCUGCCCGGGCUACCGCGGGUUCCACUGUGAGGAAGAAAUCGGGAACAAGCUUGUGGCCCAAGAGGCCACAGGGAAGCAAGCCACCCUGCGCCACUCACCCGGCCACACGGGGGAGCCCCUCUCCAGCUGUUUGAACUGCAGUCGGAUUGUAGCACUGACAAACCGACUCAGCUCACUGGAAGCAAAGGUCCAGCUGCUGACCAGUCCUAGUGCCCCGUCUCAUCACCACCUACAGGGCAAUGGGGGUAUAGCAGCAGGAUCGUCCUUGAUGGGGGCAACACCAGCUAAAGGGGCUCCUGGAGCUCAGGGGCCUGUAGGACCACAGGGUGAAAGGGGCAAGGACGGCACCGCUGGGCGAGAUGGGAAGCCUGGAUCCCGGGGUCUGCCAGGUCCCAGUGGACCAAGGGGUCCCAGGGGAGAGACAGGUGUCAGGGGACCCAUCGGGGCUCCGGGUUCGAAGGGGGUUUCUGGUCCAGCAGGGCCCCAAGGUCCACCGGGACUGCCAGGAGAGAGGGGGCUUCCAGGUCCCCCUGGCCCACCAGGGGCCCCUGCCCGUACCUGGAUGCCAGAGCUGGGAGGUCCUCUGGACCGUGGCCAGCACCAGGACUCAAUCUUCUCAAACUCCUUCCUGGAUUCAGACAGGCCACCGGUACCAGGACCCGAAGGUCCCCCUGGACGCCCCGGGCCAGUGGGUCCACCUGGUCCUGAGGGUCCUGCUGGACCUCCUGGCCCUGCAGGGCAGAAUGGGAGGCCAGGACCCCCAGGUCCUCUGGGUCCAGUGGGGCCUAAGGGUGAUCGAGGGGAGAGGGGGCCCAUGGGACAGCAGGGGGACAGGGGACUUAAAGGAGAAGUGGGUGAACCUGGACCCAAAGGAGAACCUGGGGAAAAGGGUCUGCCGGCCAUUAGUUUGCAGAUGUUCCGUGACAUGCAGGCUGACCUGGAGCUUCUGGCUCGCAGGGUGACUCUGCUGGAAGCCAUCAUCUGGCCAGAACCCGACCUGACCUCAGGAGAUGGUCCCUUCAGCACCUCCUCCCCCGGGUUUUACCGGGACAAGCGGGCGGGGGCCCGUCCAUACCGGGCUGUUGUCCCUCCUCUGUUUUCCCGGGACACCGAGAAGCGUGGGAAAUAGCCUCGGUGGGGGGGCCCACCAGGAGCACGCCCAUAGCCAAUCCCAGAAGGGUGCUGUCUCCCCAAAACUGAUACUGCCUCAGCCUUCUUCCCCCAACCCCAACCACUGACACAGACCCCAACAGCCCCCACCCCACCAACCACGUGAGCAGUGGGCACCUCAGGGAACAUGCCCCCCUCCCUCGAAUAUCACACACAUGCUAUAAACGCCUUGUCGUCCUGAUAAACUGCGGAACCUGCCAUCCGGACUGUCUGGAGCAGCAACAAGGGGAGACUUAAAGAAAAAUCCGAACGUGAGAAAACUGUGUUUUAAAGGUGCUUUCCUAAUAUCAAGAAUCCCAAGGUAAAGGGGGACAGAGAACGGGCUCUGUGGUGGCAGAGAGCUAGAAAUGGCAUGGCGCCAUCCUGUGGGGACCCUUAACCGUUACAGUUUAUUUAAUCAAGUUGAAUACAAGGAGUCUACAGGAAAUAAACACACAAGACCUCUUCUUUUAUUUGUUUUAUUGCUACCGUCUUCUCCAUCAUUUUGUUAUGCACUAGAGAGGGAAAAUCUCCCCUCCCAGGGGGAGGGGUCCAGCUUUUAGCACAGGGAUGCUGGUGUUACACCACCUGUAAGAGGCUGGUCUGCUUGGGCCUGAAAUCUUACACACCUUUGUGUGAAUGGAGGACAGAGAAUAGCAGGGUGGGGGGAGGGGGUGCAUUACGCUGCCUGCAGUCCAUCUGCCACACACACACACACACACACACACAUACACACACAGGACAACAGGACAACCUUACCUCCCACACCCCCGAAAGCCACGCAGUGAACAGGGUGGUAGACCCACCUGAAAGCCCUUCAAACAGACACACCUGUGUCCACAUUCACCACAAACACACCAAUGCAUAUGUAGGACAAGUUAAAAAAAAAUCUGAAAGUAACUUGAAUAUCUUCUUUGGUGUAUCUUUUGUACCAUAUAAAUGUCAUAUCUUAGAUGAAUUACCCUCCAUCAGUAGAGCCUCUUUGAUUGUUUGCUCUAUCACUUACGCAGUAUUGUCAGGUGAAUUAUUUAAUCCCAUAGCUGCUGUCGAAUAUUGUCUUCCAAGCCGAUUUAUGUAAAAAAAGUCACACAUAUUUAUCGUCAUGGACUCAUUUAAAAUUGUAUGUUGGUGUGCAGUCUCCCAGAUCCUUGGUAAAUAAAGAAUUGUUGUUUUGUGUA